GGGUGGGGCUUCAGUCCAUGCAGCUCUAGGAUAUAAAAAGAAAGAAAACUCAUUCAGUUAUUCAGACUCAAGCAGCAGCAGCAGCAGCAGUGAAGACGACUGAAGCUGAAACAACAGAUACCUGCCAUACAAUAAUCAACACAUUUCAACCAAAAAGGAUGCUUUGCACGUAUAUUUUCCUGUUGCUGACCCUGAGCCGAGUGGGGCUGAGCUCUCUGCAGGAUAAACAAACUGACUUCGGCCUGAAGGUCUUCUCACAGCUGGCUGAGAGCUCUGUGGGAAACAACGUAGUUUUGUCUCCAUAUGGCGUGGCCUCUGUCCUAGCCAUGGCUCAGCUGGGUGCUGCUGGAAAUACCCGCAGGGCUUUAAAGUCUGCUAUGGGCUUUUCUCUACAAGAGCGAGGGAUGUCUCGGCAGCAGCGUAUCUUGCAGCAGAGCCUCUCUGAUGAGGAGGGAGUGGAGACUGUCAGCGGGGUUAUGGUGGAGAGGAAGAUGAGCCUGGAGAAGGGAUACCGUUGGUCCCUGGCCAAGGCCUUCCGGACCCACCCUCACCAGGUGGACUUCACCAAGCCAGACCAAGCAGUCAGCAUCAUCAACUCAUGGGUCUCAGACCACACUGCAGGUGCCAUCCCUGACUUCUUAGCGACUGGAUCUCUGACUGAUGAGACACGCCUGAUCCUUCUUAACGCUCUGCACUUCCAGGGCCUCUGGAAGGUUCCCUUCAACCCCAAAAUGACACAGGAGAGGAUGUUCCAUUGUGCCAACGGAAGCACUGUAUCUGUGCAAAUGAUGAGACUCACCAACCGCUUCAACUACGGCGAGUUUGUGACUUCCGAAGGGGUGGACUAUGAUGUCAUUGAGGUCCCAUACGAGGAUGACACACUGAGCAUGCUCCUGGUGUCGCCAAUCGAGCCUGAAGUCCCACUGAACGCGCUCGUUGCAGAUUUGAGCAGCCAGAAGAUUCAGCAGUGGAGAGUGGAGAUGAGGAAUGUCAAGAGACAGCUGGCCAUGCCCAGGUUUACGCUGAACUCUGAGGUGAAUUUAAAAACUGCUCUGCUUAAUAUGGGUCUGGGAGACAUGUUCAACCUGGCGACUGCUGACUUCACACGCAUCACCACUGAAGAGAGGCUGUGUGUAUCCAAGGUUAUUCAGAGAAUAAAGAUCGAGGUGAAUGAAAGAGGAACCAAGGGAGCAGCAGCAACAGCGGCUGUGAUGUUUUCCCGUAUGGCAGUUGAGGAGAUUACUUUGGACCGACCCUUCCUCUUCCUCAUCCAGCACAAACACACAGGUGCUGUUCUGUUCAUGGGCCAGUUCAACCAGCCUGAACAACAAUAACCCUCUCUGAAAACACACCUUCAAUCCACUUUGUCUGACUACUUUUGCUCAUAACCCACAAGAUAACCACACGCCAGACCUACAGACUCUUUAUGACUUCUGUUGACCAUACAGACUAAUUCUGUGAAAGGUCUAUUUACAGUCUUUUUAAUAGAAUAAGACCGGGGCGAUUUAACAUGACAGACAAUGGAAAGACGAUUGAGAUAUUCUUUGAAAGAGUUUAUAUAUUUUCUGUUAAUUUAUGUCUCAAUGCUUGUGGUUGGCAAGAUGGAAAGAAACAUGAAGGGAAGUUAUCUGUUUAAGUGGUUUACUGCUGUCUGACACAACGAUGCACUUCAUAGAUUUGUUGCUACAGUCUGAUGGCUGCACAAGUACCAGAAAAGAUGUUUUUUUUAAAUCUAUUUUUACAUUGUGAGUUGUAAUGUAUAUAAUUGUUAUUGCCACAUCGUUGCCAAGUUACAUUUGUAUUUUGCAGUAUUUAUAUUUAUUAAAAUACAAUGUUUUUUU